AUGGCAGUCAAGAACGCGGAACCGAUUGGCCGAAGAUUCAUGGCCCAGGCCAUCGAUCGUGUAGCCGAGUUGGAUCCAGACAGGAGAUUUUGCAUUAUACCAAAGGGAGCCGAUUAUUCGGGUAGCUUUGUUGACCUCACAUUUAAAGAGCUUGCCCAUGCGGUCAAUUAUAUGUGCCGGUGGAUAGAAGAAUCCUUUGGAAGCACCUCCUCCCCAGCGACUUUGGCUUACCUUGGAGCAAACGAUAUCCGCUACCUAAUUAUGGUGAUGGCCUGUAAUAAAACAGGGUAUCAGCCACAAUUAUCAUCUAUUCGGAAUUCUGAAGCAGCUCAGGUCCGUCUUCUUGAAAUGACAAGUUGCUCGAAAGUUGCCUACAGUGCGGAACGAAAACAGAAAGUAGAUGAGAUACAAGCUCUGUCCCCGGGCUUGCACACCGUCCAAAUCCCUUCUUUGGACGAGAUGUUUGAAGGCGACUCCAGCCCGUACCCUUUCUCGAAGAACUUUGAUGACGUUAAAAACGAAAUAGCAUUCAUUGGUCAUAGUUCAGGUACAACUGGUUUCCCAAAGCCAAUACGCCUCACCUAUGGCUUCUUCGCUGCUCUAGAUCAUGGUGCUUACGUCCCUAUACCGCCAGAUAGAACAGCGGGUGUUCCAGACCGGCUUACAUGCAAUGAUGUCAUCUUGGCUACCACUCCUUUCUUCCAUUUGAUGGGUUUCGCCGUUUGUGUAAUGGCCGUAUUCCACCGAAUACCAUUCAUUAACCUACCUGACCGGCCUGUGUCCAGCGAAUUUUUAACUUCAGUCAUUGAUUCUCUCAAGCCGACUGCGGCACUAUUUGCUCCAUGCAUUCUCGAGGAUAUGUCCACGUCGUCCAAAGCCAUAGAUGCACUUUCUACUCUUAGACAUGUAUACUAUGGGGGCGGUCCACUUGCAACUGAAACUGGUAACAAGAUCUGUGAGCGCACCAAGCUAGUCAACUUUAUUGGGAUGACUGAAGCUGGAUUCGUUUUGUCCUUGGUUCCCCAGGAAAAGAAAGAUUGGUCUUACUUCGAAUGGAGCCCAUCGUUUGGGAUCAAAAUGGAACCAAUGGACGAUGGCCGAUCUGAAAUGGUCAUAAACAGGCAUGAAAGGCCAGACCUCCAACCCAUUUUCAACACUUUCCCUGAGCUAAAUGAAUAUCGCACGAAGGAUGUCUACACUCCACACCCCACAAAGCCAGGGCUUUGGAAGUUCCAUGGUCGGAUCGAUGAUGUGAUUGUACUCAGCAACGGUCAAAAAUUCAACCCCGUUACUAUGGAGAAAGUCAUCGAGGGCCAUUCAUUAGUUUCGCGGGCUGUUGUGGUUGGAUUGGCAAGAUUUCAAACUGCCGUGUUGGUGGAACCUAACUGGAACCUUUGGGAUGAGAAUGAUCCCGAAAAUAAGUAUAUUGAUGAAAUAUGGCCAACAAUACGAGAAGCAAACAGCAUCAGCCCAGCUUAUGGACGGGUCAUGAAGAAUAGAAUUGGCCUAGCAUCUCGCAGCAAGCCUUUCAGCACUACACCAAAGGGAAGCACACAGAGACGCCUUGUAAUCGAUAGCUACAAGGAGGAAAUUGAUAAACUCUACAUGAACCCAGCCGAUGAGGCGUUUGAAUAUUCAAUCUCUAAGUUGACUGAUCAGUCCAGCCUCACAGAAUCCGUCCGGGAGAUUUUAUGUGACUCCCUUGGCCUGUCCAAACUCGCCGAUGAGACGGAUCUUUACAGUGUAGGACUUGAUUCCUUGCAAACAUUUCAGUUGAGUAUUAUCCUCAAUAGAGCCGGUUUCACCAACUUAACACCUCAGAUGAUCUAUGAGCACCCCACCGUUGGAAACCUGUCAAGCUUUCUUUUUGCACUUCUAAAUGGUGUAGAAACCAAUGGCGUGUCCCGCGAAGAGAAUGUCAACUCGCUUGUCAGAAAAUAUACAGCUGGUCUCCCAGACCUUGAAGCCACUAAGAGCCACUAUGUUAUUCUGACUGGGUCUACAGGCUCGCUUGGUACCUAUCUGCUAAACUGCCUCCUGAACGAUGAUAGCGUCACCAAGGUAUAUUGCCUGAACAGAUCGGAGGCUGGAGAACGGCAGGUUGAAAGUUUCAAACAGAAGGGACUUAAAACAGAACUUCUGGAAAAAGCCGAAUUUCUCACUGCUUCAAUAAGCAACGAGCGGCUUGGUCUUGGAAAAGAGAAAUACAAUGAAUUAAUUAACACGGUAGAUACGGUUAUUCACAAUGCUUGGAGAAUGGACUUUAACAUUUCCAUCCUCUCCUUUGAGGAUCAAAUCCGAAGUGUCCGCCGACUCAUCGACUUCAGCUUGCAGAGUGUACGCCGCGCUCAUUUCUAUUUCAACUCCUCGAUUGGUGCAAUUGGAGGCUGGACGCUUGCCGAUGGGCCUUCGGUACCUGAGGAGCUCUUUGAAAACUGUGAGGUAACACUCAACCAGGGAUACGGACAAGCCAAGCACAUUUGUGAGCGUAUCUGCCAUGCAGCAUCUCGAGCUGGAGUUCCAACAACUAUUCUUCGUCUGGGCCAGAUUGCAGGCCCGACCACUGAGGAAGGUACCUGGAAUUCAACAGAGUGGCUACCAUCCAUUGUUGCGACUUCAAAAUCUAUCAGAAAGAUUCCUAAAACCUUAGGCUCAAUGCCUGUUGAUUGGAUCCCUGUGAAUACCCUUGCUACUAUAAUCAUAGAGAUUGUAGAAUCCCGUCGAAUGACAGAGGCAGAAUCCCGGUGCUCGGUCUUCCACUUAGUUAAUCCAUCGACCACUCCAUGGGAAUCUCUCUUGAUGCCGCUUCAUGAAAAUUAUGCAGUUCAGCGAGUUUCUAUGAAAGAAUGGAUAGAAGAACUGGAAAAGAUUCGGAACCCCUCAGAUCAAGAUAUGUUGACAAAGCCCGCAUUAAAACUACUCCCUUUCUACAAGAGCUUAGUAGAGGGAGAGGGGGCCCUGUCGGCGCCAAUCAGUGUGACGCGGGCUAGAGAGGCUAGCAGGACCAUGCAAUCAAUGGGGCCAAUUUCCGCCGACUUGAUGGCUACGUGGGUAAAUCAAUGGCGGUUCUAA